AAACAUAAUACUAGGAGGUAGAAUACUGGAAUACAUUUUGAAUAAUUAACGCCAUACUCCGUAUACACAAGGUGGGGGAACAUGACAGAAUGUGUAUGGAUACAAUUUUGUGUUUACCUUGACUAAAUGUAUAAAUCUACAAUUUACUGAUUUUCUGUGUUGUCUUCUCUGUAUUGUUCUGUCUUUGGGUUCACCCUGCGCCGUGGAGGGUCAGAACAGAGGUCAUCUUUAGCAAAGCAGCCGAACAUCAGUCCAACAUCUAACUUGGAUCCUUUCCACUCAGGGAGCUCAAGCGGCGACCCCCCUCUCCCCCUUCUCCCCCCCUCCAUGGAAGAAAAACAGCUCCGGUCUUUCGUUGUGGACUUUCACUGGGACAAGUUGAGGAGCCAGUGCGUCCUGGCGGUGCGCCUCGCACUGUGAGCUGCGCCCUCGUCUCGUUACGCACGAGAACUUGUCUGCGCUCCGUCAGAGGGGGGCGAACUCCCCGCAGGUGAGGUGAACGCUGGCGGGUGGUGGUGAAAUGAGCCUCUUGUUUUGGACGACAGCAGUCACCUCGCACUCGUUUGGACCGUCGGACGUGGAUUCGAGUUCAGAUGUCACCCCGACUGGUUUGUGGCCGAUGCGGCGGCGGCGCACCACGGGCUGCCCGGCUCCGCGGACAUGUUGUAUCUUGUAAAUAAACAUUUCGCACAAGUAACCUCUGAGGUCACAUUGUGAAUUUUUUUUAAUAUAUAUUUUUGGGCGCUGCUCAAGAUUCCAGCGACAGACGAGCAGCUGGCGCAGGCGUGUGGCGUCCAGCGGGCAGCAGAGGAGGGUGUGUGAAGAAAGCAGCACGGCGGAAUGUGAACAGUGGACAUUUGUCCACACACUUCUUUUCUGAAGGACGGGCUUGAGUCAGAGGAGUACGUUUCUCCUGGAAAGUAGAGAGGACAUGACUGCCAACACUCUUCUCCUGCUCUCCAUCCUCUCUCUCACAAGCAGCAGGGCUGAGAAUGCAGAGGAGCGGCUGGUGAACUACCUGUUGGGUCCCGAGCGCUACAAUAAAUUGAUCAGACCAGCGGUCAAUAAGAGCCAGCAGGUCACCAUCUCCAUACAGGUGUCUUUGUCACAGCUCAUCAGCGUAAAUGAAAGAGAGCAGAUCAUGACAACCAACUUAUGGCUGUGUCAGGAAUGGAAUGACUACAGGCUUAGGUGGGACCCAGAAAAAUAUGAGGGCAUCAAGAAGCUACGAAUCCCAUCCAAACACAUCUGGCUUCCUGACAUAGUGCUCUACAACAAUGCCGACGGUGUUUAUGAGGUUUCCUUCUAUUGCAAUGCCGUAGUCUCCAACACGGGGGACAUUUUUUGGCUCCCCCCGGCAAUUUACAAAUCGGCCUGCGCCAUCGAGGUGCAGAACUUCCCCUUCGACCAGCAGAACUGCACCCUCAAGUUCCGCUCCUGGACCUACGACCACACAGAGGUGGACCUCAUCCUCACCAGUGACUUUGCCAGCCGCGAUGACUUCACACCCAGCGGAGAGUGGGACAUCGUGUCACUGCCGGCACGCAAAAACGAGGACCCCGACGACAUCACCUACCUAGAUAUCACCUACGACUUUGUGAUCAAGAGGAAGCCGCUUUUUUAUACCAUUAAUCUCAUCAUCCCGUGUGUGCUGAUCACAUCGCUGGCUAUCCUGGUCUUCUACCUGCCAUCAGACUGUGGGGAGAAGAUGACGCUGUGUAUGUCAGUGCUGCUGGCCCUCACUGUGUUCCUGCUGCUGAUAUCCAAGAUAGUGCCACCAACUUCUCUGGCUGUGCCACUCAUCGGUAAAUACUUGAUGUUCACCAUGGUGCUGGUCACUUUCUCCACUGUAUGCACCGUCUGCAACCUCAACGUGCACCACCGCUCCCCCUCCACCCACCACAUGCCCGACUGGGUCAAACGCCUCUUCUUAGUCCAGCUGCCCACCUUCCUCCUCAUGAGGCGUCCAGGCUCUUCCAACGUACGCGAUAAACUUCGCCGGAAGUACGCCAGCCAGAGUCCCGUCGGCAAAAGCACUCCCCAGGGCUGCACAGAGAAGAAGCAGUACUCUAACAUCCGACUCGGCGGGAUCCGAACAGAUACAGAGUCUUUCUACGUGAAUGAGGACUUGGCCCACAAUUUUUGCUGGAGGCUGGGCGACAUCCCAGAUGGGGGCGGCGGAUUUUCGGACUUGCGGAGGCCCUUGGCCGCUCAGUGGGAUGCCGAUCUGGAGGAAGCUGUGGAUGGAGUGAGAUACGUCGCUGAACAUAUGAAGAUAGAAGACGAUGAUGAAGGAAUCAUAGAGGACUGGAAGUACGUGGCCAUGGUCAUAGACCGUCUGUUCCUGUGGAUCUUCAUCCUGGUGUGUGUGGUGGGAACGCUGGGGCUCUUCAUGCAGCCGCUGUUCCAAAGUUAUAACACGCCCACUGCCGAAGACGCCGAGUUUGGAGGUUUCUAGGUUUUGCGUGUCGUGCACGAGGAAACAGCUGAGUAAGCAACUCUCGUAGGAACUUUAGCGGAGAACCCGCACCAGGCCCGGCUCUGAUCCGUCACGCUGGUUGAGCGUUACCGGCUGAAUCAAUGCCGCCAGCUGCGUUAGCAGCAGUAGACCCUCAUGCUGGUAGACUUUCUUUUUUUUAACUGCACGGUUGCCAUUUUUGGACUAUGCCCUCGUCGAAGCUCCACCGUCAUUACUGUCAUGACAAUCUUGCGAUACUUUUUAUAACAUUAAAUUCCAUCAAGGUGACUAUUGUCCAGCUAAGAUGAGGCCUGUGCACAGAGUAAUUUACACAAACCCCAACACCAAUGAUAACUUCUAGUAAACGUCUUGAGAGCAUGAGGCCUGCUCUCCUCUGCAGUAUUAUUCAUGUAAAAAGUAAGACUUUGUUAGACAUCCCACCAAUUGUUCAUGUUGGUACAGUACAAUGGACCACAAUCUCUUCUGCUGUACACCUCUCAAACCAAGCUUCAUUGUAACAAAGAAUAUAUUCAUAUAUAUUACAAAAAUAUUAAUGCACCUCUCUAUCUUUUGCUUGUUCUGCUUCAGAUUCUUGUGCGCCUCAUUUCCAGCAUCUCUCAAACAGUGCAUGCGAUGCAUUGUCUUAUGUUAACCAAUGUGCAUUCUACUCUUGCUUUCUCUCACUUGCUUGCAUUCUCUUAUUUUUUUGCUAUUUUUUGUGCCAUAUCAAAUCACGAGAUGUGUGUAUAUGUAUGUACUUAUACACACACAUAUAUACAUGCAUACCCAUAUACAUAUAUGCAAAUUUCACACCGACUGUUU